UUUAACGUUUUUAGUGUUAUAAACAUGCCAUUUUAUAUAUAAGUAGUCAAACGAAAAAUUCAUAAAAUGCCAGCCGACAAAAUUAAUAGCAAACUACAUAAAUCCGAAACACAUCCACAGCCGAUCAAUGUGCAGACCGUCACGAUGGCUAAGGACAAACCCUCGCAGUUUCACUCCGAGGAGUCGAAACGGUCAAAUGGCUUAGUCAUCUUAAGCCAGCACGAUACAGAUCGCCAGAAAUUGUUUUGGUACUUAACCAUAUUCAAGAGCGUCGCCUGUCUUGCAGCUAUUUUGUUGAUGAUGCGUUUUGUGGGUUACAAUGGUCCACGGGAAAGACUCAUCGCGCGGCAUCCCAAAACCAAGGCUAUACUGCUUUGGAACGCCGAUCGCGACUCCGCCAUGUGGGAAUAUUUUCAAUGCGGCUGCGUUUUAACCAACAAGCGUGAUUAUGCUGGUGGGCCCAUUCAUGCCGUAGUGUUCAAUGCUGAUCGAAAUUUCUCACUCGACGGCCUCAUUCAGAUAAAUCGCACUCCGGGUUUUUUGGCAGUGUUUGCAGCGAAGAACCCAUUGAGCAUGGCACAUAAUCCACUGCUGGAGCAUGGCGAGUCAGUUUUUAACUUCACCAUGACAUAUCGUAGCGACUCGAACGUAGUGUGGACUAAUUACUUUUUUACGGCGAUACCUCAAAAGGACAGCCCACCGAAUUCGCGCUCAAAACAGUUAGGUAAAACAGAGCUCGACUUGAGACUCCAAGCAAAAACCCGUUUCGUCUUUUACAUGGUAUACGAAGUCAACGAGUAUUCCUUGCGCGAGAGUCUCUAUCUGCAGGAGCUGCGAAAUUACCUGGAAUUGGAUGCCUUCAUAACCUGCCACGGAUACCAAGAUUGUAGUCAAUAUAAGUUUAUGCUGAUCUUUGAGCCCAGUGAAUGUCCGGACUAUGUGCAUCCACAGAUAUACGAGGCAUUGGCACACUAUGUGGUGCCAGUCGUCGUUGGCGGUGGUAAUAUCACUAAUUUGGUGCCGCCUGGUUCCUACAUCAACAGCGCUGAGUUUGAAACACCAGAGCUGUUGGCUCAGCAUCUGGAAGACGUGGCAGCUGAGCCGCUGCUGUACGAGCGAUUUUUCAAUUGGCAUUCCACAUAUCGGAUCCAUAAGAACAUACAUCCCUAUUGCGCCCUAUGCCGGCAGAUGCAGUAUUGGCAGCACCGAAGCCAACCAGGCGAGUUCCUGCAUUGGUGGACUGGAUACCAGUGCCCCAAUCACACGAAUGCUGACCUGACCAAUAAGGAUAUUUCGGUCCAAUUCCAAAACAAUUUUAAUUAUCACUCGCAUUGGAACCGUUGAACAUUUUUAUUUCACGGAAUUUCUGCGGCCCUUGUGAAGCUAAUAAGUAUACCCUUUCGGAACGCCUCUUAUAUCAAAUUUGUCAUGAGGCAUGUGCAUUCAGCUGAAAAUUACAUUUUCGGUCUAACGGCUGCCUACACUUCAAACUUUUGUUUUCAAAAUAAUGCAAGGCAAAC